UUGACUUAAAAAUUUUAAUAUUUAUGUUUGAAAAUAUUCACUUCAUUACAUAUUUCUAUUCUGAUGAUUUAAUGAAAUAAACUGUAGAAACACUAUGGUUAUGCCAGUAUGGAAGCUUUGGACUCGAUUGCAAUCACAUAAAUCGAGAGGGCGUCAUGAUGUAGAAGAUGAUGCCUUCAAUUUGGACCUUGUGUCAAAGCCUAGAGAAUCAAUUAAAAGAAUUCUUUCUAGUUUGAACCAAACUCAAGGUUUAAGUGAUCAUAAAAAGUUAAAUUUAUUGAACAUACUUGUAAAAUUAUUAUCUACCAUAAAUAUUAAUGACAAUAAUAGUGAAGUUUUUGGAUUUUCCAUAUCAGAUAUUAUGUGUUGUCUUACACCAAGUUUAUUGAGUGAUAGUUCAGAUGUUAGAGCAGCUGGUUUACGAGCACUUCGCCAUUGUAUCAGAAUACCAGAAAACUUAACUACACUUGUACGUUUACGUUUAACAAUAUUAAUAUGCCGGAGUUUGGAACUGCUACUUGAUAAUGAAAAUGAACGUUUACAAGCUCUACGUAUUAUUCGUAAAUCUUGUGCUAUUUGCCCUCAACAAUUUCCUAAAGCAUUUACUCAUUCAUUGUCUGCUAUUGCUAUGUGUUCACAUGGUCCUUCUAAAGAUCAAUUACAUAGAGCCUGUGUAGCAACUCUUUGUGAAUUGUGUUUAUUAAACCCUCAAGCAUUUGUAGCUGGAUGUGGUUUAAAAGCUUUGAGACAUGUUCUGAUAUCUUCCGAGUUACCAUUAAAAAUGGCUGAAUGUGUCUUAGGUACGUUAUUAUGGAUGCUAAAUAACCCAAACACUAGAAAACUAGUAUCAUUUGAUUUUAGUCAACUUGCAUCAUAUUUUACUGAUUUUAAUCCAAUUUCAAAAUCGAGUGAUAAAAACUUAGUUGGUGAAACUGCUCAUGGCACUUUAGUUUCUCUUUUACGUUCUUGGAUUGGUAUACUAUAUUUCUGUGACCCAUCAAAUGACAACUCAAAAAGUGGUUUAUCUUCCAUUAUACAUGCAUUACAUGUUCAAAACUCAAGUAUUAGAAUAGCUAUCAUAAAUCUUUUAAGAGAAAUUCUCGGAUUUAGUCCAGCAGAAUGGGUGGAUGAUAUUGAUACAGUUUUAGAAUCAGUUAAUCCAUAUAAAUAUCAAGAAAAUUAUCAUUUGAAUAAUGGAUAUGUUUAUAUUGAAGCAAUGGAACUUUUACCAAGAUUAAACAGCAACAGGGUAAAUUUAGUGAAUUUACCUCGUUCUCUUUUAGUUAGUUGUUUAUUAGAACUUAAACUAGAUGAAGCUCUAGUUGAAGUUAUACUUACUUCAGAUAGUAUCUUGUCUAUUCAAUCAACUUUACUUCUUGGAGAAUUUCUUCAUCUAGUUGAUACUAUAGUUCCAAAUAAUAAGAAACCCGUUCUUUCAGAUCUUAUAGCUUAUGCAUUAGAAGGAAAGCCUUCUUCUAUAUGUAUCAAUUUAAAUAUAACAACUGAAGCAUAUGAUCAAAUAUUGUGCUCUUCAGAAGAUCGUUUAAUAGUUCAUCCUACAAAACCAUUACAAUCUAAUAAAUCAGAAGUAUUUAUUGGUGAUGAUUUAAAAAAAAAUAAUGCUAUGACUUCCAUAUCUAUUUUGGCUAAAUUACAUAAAAUUCUUACCCAAGAACCAAAUCCUGCAACUAUUAGUUUAUAUCAUGCAAAAAAUUUGUUUGGUCCAAAAAUGAAUAAAUUGAAAACUGGCUCACACAAAAAGUACUUAAAACAUAAAGGAAAUCAAUGUAUCAUGACAAAAGAAUGUGAUGAUUUUGUAAAAGAAUCUGGCGUAUUAAUUGUUAAAGAAGCUGUAGCAUGGAAAUGGGAUCCUAUACGUUCUGCACUUAAAACUAGAAUCAAAGAUAUGAACAAAUUGGAUGAUACAAAUUAUAAUUUAUUCAUACAAAGACUGAUUGAGUAUUUUAAACCAUCUUCAAAAAUGUAUGGUGAUGUAGAACUUCGGCCUGAAGUUCUUCCUCUUAAUUUAUUUACAUUAGCUGCAUUUGAUUUAAUUGAUGACCUCUUAGAUGCUCCAAAUGAAAGUGGAGAAAUUUUUUUGAAUAGUCUAUUAACUGAUAUUUAUCAACAACUUGAAUUAUUAUCAUCUUCUAAUUAUUCUUAUAGUUGUUAUUUAAACCCUCAACGUUUAGGUGCUACAUUAAGUCAACAUUAUUUUUUGAUUAUUGGACGUGUUAGCUCAUCCGAACGAGGAAGAUAUUGUUUAGACAAAACUAAAAUUUUUCCUAUGUUAUUAAAUAUUGCUGUUAGUACCCAGUUAUAUUGUUAUGUCAAACUAAUUGUUUCUUGUUUAGACUAUACAGAAGAUUCAUUUCCAAGAGUAUUAUUAGGUCGUGUUCUCUCUUGUUCUCAACAAAAAUCUAGACUUUAUGCUACACAUUAUUUACGAGCUUUGCUUAGAUUUAAUGCACAUUCUGCUGAAAAUCCUGUUAUAACUGGUCAAUGGAUUCUUGAACUUCUUAUAUUACAAAUAAAUGAUGAUAAUUCUACUAUUUAUAUGGCUGCCUUAGAAGCUCUUGAUGAAGCAUGUGAUUACAAAGAUUAUUUGAAAAUAUUAAUUGUAUCCAAACCAAAUAUUCUUCAUCUUGGGGAUUCAGGUCUAUUAGUACUUAUACGUUUCUUAUCUGAUCCAGCUGGUUAUAAAUACCUAUCAGACUCUGGUUUUGUUACGAAUCAGUUACAUAAUUGGGGAACUCAUUUCAACUUAAAGUAUGUAUUGAUAGUGGAAGGUGAGUUGCAUGACCAAUUGACUCUACAUCAACGUCAUGAAGAUGGACAUUAUAAAACUAGACUUUCUGGCGACAUGUCUAGAAAUAAAAUUCCAUGUAUACCUCAACCUCCUCAUCUUUAUUCUCAAAUGGUUGUACAUGAUUGUGGAUAUCAAGCUUUAAUAAGAGAUAUUUACUUUCGAAGUAUUAUUCAAAUAGUUAUAAAUGCAACUCAAGAAAAUUCAAUAAAUCAGUUGCACUUAAAAGCAGCAUUGUGGGCUAUUGGUCAUUUUGGUUCUGUUUCUCAAGGUGCUUGCUAUUUAGCAAGUAAUGGUGUUAUACAGUCCAUUUGUAAAAUAGCAACUUCUUAUCAAAUUUAUUCAGUAAGAGCAACUGCUCUAUAUGCAUUGUCUUUAAUAAGUGCUAAUAAAUCUGGAGCUAAGCAUCUACGAGCAAUUGGUUGGAAUGUUUUAAGUAGAGUAUUUUUAGAAACUGAUUUUUACAAAAUAACAGAUAGACGAGUAGAAAGCAAUUUAGCAACAACUCCUUCUGAUAGUUCUCAUGGAAUUGUGAGUGAAUGGGUAGAUGAUGUGUGGGACCCUACUAUUCAGAAUAGGAAAAAAUGGUCAACUCUUCCUCGAAGUAGUGCAUCUUGGUCUAGAUAUCAACAGCUUUUAAGAAGUUUAAGCGAAAGCAAAACUAUAGAGAAUAAUGAAAAAUUACAAUUAAAUAAACCUUGUUCCCCUCCUGAUAAUUCAAUUUAUGCUAGUUAUCGUUUAAGAUCUGACAGUAGUUGUACUGUUGAUAGUAGCACUAGUGGUGUAAGUUCAGGUGAAUCAGGUUUUGGAAUGAGACACGCAGAAAAUUAUCAACAUCAAACAUUGAGUCCAAUACCUAGUUCAAGUUCAUUAUCAACCAUUCCAUUACAAAAACCAAUGACAUCUUUAAGCUCAGAAAGUACAAAAUUAUCCAGAAGAAAUUCUUUUGGCUAUAGAACUCUCAAAAUGAUACAAAAAGGAAUGAGUCGAAAAAGUUCAAGAAGUAUGACCAUGCAAUCCCAUUCAACUGCCACUGAUAUGUUUGCUAUGCUUGCUGAGCAUGAAAUUGAUCCUAUGUCACCUUUAAUACGCCCUAAAGAAUUUAGGCAUUCUUUUAGUGUAAAUCACUCACCAUUUGAAUUUGAGUCAGUAUCAUCGUGCUCAUCAAAUAAAAUAUGUCAUCAUCCUGUUAAAGAUUAUUUUAAUGAGUCAUUUUAUGGGGGUGUAACAUUGCCAUCUGACCUAAGUACAUUAUUUUCUACUGUAGAAAAAGAAACUGAAACAGUUCCUACUCCAGAUUGUGAUGAUUCAUCUUCUUGUUUUAAGCCUGUUUCCACAGGUUCAGAAGUUCUUAGUACUGAUGAUUCUGAUACAGAAGUUGCUGCAGAUCCAUUACCAGUAAGAAGGCAACGUAAUCAUAAUCGUGUAUUGUGCAUGCUUUGUUCAGUAAACGAACAUGCAAAUCGUCCAACAACAAGAAAUAGAAAAGUAUCAUCUAGUUCAUUAAGACGAUGUCGAACAGAGACAGAAAGUAGUUAUGGUAUGGGAGUUGAAGGGGAAAGUCCUAUAUUACUUCCAUGGCAACAUAAUAAGUCUUCAUGUCUUCAUGAAGCUUCUGGAUUUGGUACAGGAAGUAAUGAGAGUGGAGCAAGCUCUGAUAUUAGUAGUCUAGCUCAAAGAUCUACUUUAGCUGAUAGAAUAAUUAAAAGUCAUUCUUCAUUACGGAGGGAUAUUCUAAAACUUGUAGAACAAUUACCUAAUCCUGUACUGUAUAAAACAUCCACCCAAAGCUUAUUACAGAUGAAACAGAUGUACAGUGACUUGUUUCAUGAUAUAUGUGUAUAUUCUGAUGUAUGUAAUUUAUUAGCUGAGCAUCAUUACCAUAUUCAGGCUCGACGUUAUAUGCACGAGUUGUUUUUAGAUGCACCUUUUAGAGAGUUAUUUGAAGAACCAGCAGCUAUCAUUGGAAGGCUCAGCCCAUUAGAAACUUCUAAUACAGAUUGCAUGAGUACAGAUGAAGUUGAAAAAGUUCACGGAAAUGACAGUGAACUUGAAGUAAUUAUGGAAGCUGAGACAGAAAAUAAAAGAAGAUCGUCAGAAAUUACAAAUGACUGUAAAUCAAUUGUUUCUAGACAUCGUAAACAAGCAGUAUAUGACUCUUCCAAUCAUUAUUUAUAAGAAUAAUAGAAAAAAAUUGAUUAUAGAAAGUAUUAAAUUAUGUUUUAAUUGUAACUCAUUUUUUUAUUACUAUAAAAAUGAUAAUAAUAAUAUAUUUAUAUAUUAAAUGAAAAAAAAACAAAUUAAUGAAACUAUACUAAUAUUAAAAUGUACUUUUAAACUAAGAUAUUGUGACAAAUUUAUUAAUAUUUAAGUAUUAAUUAACAGUUUUUGUCAUUUCAUAAAAAAUAUUUAUAAUUUUUAUACAAGAAAAAUAUAUAUAUUUAUAAAGUAAUAAUUACUAUACAUUAACAAUUAUAUUCAUUAGGAGAUUUUAUUCAAGAAUAAAUUAAAAUCAUUUUUGAAAGAAAUCAAAAAAUUUUAAUUAAAAGAGCACAUUAGUCAGUUGUUAUUUUAAUUAUAAACUAUUAUACAACUAUAUUUAAGUGCAAGAUGAAUAUUUUAGCCUAUUAAGUUAACUAAAAAAAAAAAAAAUGAAAUGAAACUCAUGAUUAAUAAUACUAAAAUAUUUUUUA